AUGAGUUCCAGCUCGCGAACCCCUCAAAGCCCCCAGAGCCCUAAGGGCAAAGCGACCUCGCCAGCACCCAUAGCUGCCCCGACCCCCCUCAGCGCUGAGGCGCAAGACGCAGCUGGCAUUCUUUCUGCAACCUAUUGGACGGAGCAACCGCUUCCCGAAGAGGAUGUCAACGAUGGGGCGUCUAGCCUUGGCUCGUUCACCUCCACCACCGCUUCUCUAAGCUCAAGCAUUUAC